AUGGAGUGCCUUCACUCGCGCAUUCCAUAUGCGAAAUGGCGCCUCCAUGCAUUCCAACAACUGCUCGCAAGCUCGCGUCUACCCGCGACAGCUCAUGCAACCAAGCGAAGCAUUUCGACCACACCACGGCGACAAAACAAGAGUGCCCACGACGCUCCUGCAUUUGAGCGAACAAACAUCAAUAACGCAACCUCGGAUACUCUACCACCCUCUAAGCGUUUACCGCAAUCCCCGCUUAUCACACACCCGCGCCCCGGACCCGAGAAGAACCGCAAAAGACGCCCGACAAUGCACGAAACGGACCAACUAAGCAAGAAUCCAUGGGCUGUAGCACUAGCAUCUCCGAUUCGCAUGUGUGGUGUAACAGGAGCCAGACUUCCAACUGCUCUUCUCGGAAAAUGGGGCUUGGUGCAACAACAAGAAACGGAACAGCUACAUUUCAUGCCCGUAGGUCUAAUGCAAGAUUUGCUGCAAAACAAUAGACCUCCAAACUCCAACCACUCAGAUAUACUUGCUACGGUAGAUGUCAAAGGUCAACAAUCGGAAUUGGAUGUGUCUAGCGAGAACAAAAGCCCAACAGUCGACACGCCAAGCCCAUUGGUCCAGCAAAACAACAAACAGGGACGACAACUCUUACUUCGAAUCACCGAGCUUCUCCCACUUCUCCGAUCGAUUUCAGCGCCGCUCUCAAGGAAAAGUGGCAAGAAACCAGCCGUUCUGAAACUAUUGCCAUUCCGGUGGAAGCAUCCCCAGGGACCAAUUAAGGCGAGCGAGGAGCAGAAACUCAACUGGAUGUCGAACGCCCCCGAUAUUGUACUCCAGAGCAUGAGAAACGUUGUAUACAGGAAGCUAGAUGCUGCUUCUACGAAGUUCAAACGUCUCGGUAAACCCAAUGGUGUAUGGAGAGCGGUUGAUCUGCAUGAAUACUCCGAGUCUGCAGUGGAGGAUGCGCUUGGAUGCCUGAAGCCGUUUGAGCGCAUGGAAUGUGGUGGUCUGCUGCUGCUUGGAUCCAACGCUGAUGGACUUGCCUCUCAAUCAAGUGUUCCCUGCCCGGAUUCUGUUACUCUCCCACAGACUGAGUCCAAGGUUCCCGUGUUUGACCUGUCAAGUCUUCUCUCAGAGUCUGAUUUGAUACAGCUGCGUGAAUCUCAUCCGCAAUUCCAGCGCACGGCACUAUUCUUCAGGCCCGAUGAAGAGGUUACCAUUGAUGCAAUGAUAUACUUGUGGAAGUUAAAGCGACUUCUUGUGAAGCUGGACUUGGAAGAAUGA